AUGCCGUACAGCUGCGUACGCCUUCGUAUCCCCUGGCUGCUGCUUCCCAGCAAAUUGCUCUCCCCACCUGGGCUGCCAGCCCCGCCCUGUUGUCUUCAGCCUGGCCCUGUGGAAGGCCCCAGGAAAAGGGAUUCAGAUUCUUGCAUAAAUUACACAAUUAAAUAUUUCGAAGAUGAAAGUAUGGAGAUCUUCUGGGAUGUUAGAGAAAAAUUUCCUGACAUGAAUGUGACAAUGUUUUAUAAAUUUGAUGAAGAGGAAUGGAAGCAGUGCCCCCAAUAUACGCUUCACCAAGGAUACAACAGUGUGUGUCUCCUUCACACUGAAGGAGACAGGAUUUUAAUUUCCAUCAGGGAUACAAAUGGAACAAAAGAGCUUUAUUUCUCUGACCAAGAAAAAUUUAUGUUCUUCCAGCCCAACCCACCUGAACAUGUAUCCUUUCAGUGGACAGAUGAUGAAGUCACUGCAAAGUACAAUCCACCUAAAUUUGGGCAAUGUUUGAAACUGGAGCUUCAAUACAAAAGCAAAUUUGAUAAAGAUUGGCAGCACAGGAAAUGCUCAGGCUGGGAGAUUAAAACUCAAGGGUUUGAUCCAGCAAUAUGCUACUCCUUUCGAUUCAGGCUGGAAUUCAUUUGUGGUGUUGCCUCUACUAGUGAAUGGGGAGCAGAAUCAUUCUGGAAAAAUGCCACUGCUCUAGAUUCCUGUGCUAUGGAUGAGUCCAAAUCUAACUCGAGCACUGUUUUAAUUUUGGUGAUGACUGGACUUCUGAUAAUAUUUAUUAUUCUGCUGUGUGUUUGCAGCUUGCAAAGAAUUAGGAAGACCCUAAUGCCUGUUAUACCAGACCCCCAAAAUAUUUAUUCUGUAUUAUUCAGUGAUCACAAUGGAAAUUUCCAGGAAUGGAUUAACACAACAGGGAAUUUGUUGGCUCACAAAAUGCUGGAAUGUGUAGAAGAAUGUGUCGUUGAAGAGGGAGAUGGCCUCCAAGUAAUCAAGGCAUAAG